AUGGAGAAUACAGCCCUUAAAGUUCGAUGCCAGAGGAUUGGGUGCGAGGCCACCUUCUCCGAGGACGACAACCCAGAUGGUUCCUGUCGAUACCAUGAUUCGCCUAUAUUUCAUGAUGGAACGAAAGAAUGGAGUUGUUGCAAGAAAAGAAGUCAUGAUUUUAGCUUGUUUAUGGAAAUCCCAGGAUGUAAGACAGGAAAACAUACAGCAGUUAAGCAAGUAAUUGCCCCCGUGAAGAAGAAGACCGAGCCCUCUCCAACUGCUGUUUCUUCAACCAAUGCUUCAUCAAAGGACUCUUGUUCCAGAUGCCGGCAGGGUUUCUUUUGCUCAGAUCAUGGUUCACAAAGCAAACCUGUAAAUGUUGUUGGAGAGAAGCCCGCAAAUCUGUCUGGAGAUGCCUCUGCUGUUAACAAUUCAAGUGUUCAGGCUCCGAAACAGAAGAAGAUAGUCGAUAUAAAUGAACCCCAACUAUGUAAAAAUAAAGGAUGUGGUCAAACAUUCAAGGAAAAGGAUAAUCAUGACACGGCUUGCAGCUACCAUCCUGGCCCCGCUGUUUUUCAUGACCGGGUGAAAGGGUGGAAGUGCUGUGAUAUUCAUGUAAAAGAAUUUGAUGAGUUUAUGACCAUUCCUCCUUGCACAAAGGGAUGGCAUAAUGCGGAUCCAGAGUCCUGA